UGUUCCUGUGCUCUGGUCGCACACCCCGCUUGCACUCUGGACUCCCGGAUCACAUUCUAAACUAAUGAGUGAGCGAGAAGAAGCCCAAACAUCGGGAUUUUGGAACAAUCAGGUGUCGGUUUAUCGGAGAUUUACCUGCCUGGCUGUGGAAAGAUACACAACGUUUCUCUGCAAAGGUGUUUUUCUAAACCUUGAUUGUACCAGCAGUAGCUGGAUCGUGCUAGGACUAACAGAAAAUGAGAGUCGGUAGUCCAGGGGGAAUCUGUGUGAAUCAGGCUGUUGCCACAGCAGCUCGACGCCGCAGGUGGAAGCGCAAGACCAUGUUGGUGCUGACUGAUGUUUCAGGGGCCAAGCAGCUGAGUGUGCUUACGCGGCGUUGCUGCUUACUUGCCCCCUGUCGCCGUAGAAUGAAGAGACCACGCCACAGACACAGCAGAAUAAAUGCUGUUGAAUGGGAAAGUGCAGAAGAAAAGCCUGACGAUGAUGAUGAAACUCUGAGAUCAAAUACUGAUCAGCAGCAUGAGGAAGACAAAGAAGAAAAUAACACUGACCCCCCAUCUCAAAGCUUAGAGGGAAAGGUCAACAGUUCACAUAAAAAAAGUAGGACUUUAAUAGAGCAGACCAAUGGAACUGAGGAUGUAGACGAAGGAACAGAGCAACAGUGUUUGAAUACAGGCUUGUUUACAGUUAAUGGUGUGCUCAAUGGUGAACCAUAUGAAGAUCUUGUUGACAAUGGCACUGCAUCUUCUGGAGUAAGAGCAAGAUUAUGUUUCACUGCAGUGAACAUUGGGAAAGAACAGAGUGUAGUUCUUAUGUCACCAUCACAGAGACUGACUUUUAGAGGAAGAUGUCAAAUGACAUGCCUUUACGGGAGUGUCCAGGUAUUAGGAUUUACAGUUGGACAGGAGCAGCCCCCGUACCAUCUGUACUCCUUACCAACACAUGCUGCCCUGACCAUUGAGGCUCUGCCUCAUUGUAAACCAGGCCGGACGAAGCGAGAGAUGAAAAUGGAAGCGAAAGCAGUUCUACGACAGCACAUAGCAUCAGCUUCAAGACAUACUUUGAUGAAGGAAGUGACCUCUUCUUGCUCAGUCCUGCUGUUAGAGCGCCUUGAUACCCCAGAAACUCUCUUUCUGUCCAGCUUCCCAGAGUACAAGGAAAUAUUUGCAUCACAUUCGAAAAGGAUGAUUUCUGGGAAACUUGCAUUUCAUGAAUGCGCAGCUUUGACCUCCAUUGGUGUGGUUGUUCUUCCUGAUGAUCAGGGGAUGAAUAUGUCAGAAAGCUGGAUGGCCACUGUCCAGGAACUUGUAAAGACGUGUCUGGAAGAUGACAAUGGCUGUCCUGUCAUCUUAACAUGUGGAGGGAAGAAUGUAGGGAAGUCUACCUUCAACAGACAUCUCGUGAACUCACUUCUGAACCACAUUCCAUGUGUAGAGUUUCUGGAACUUGACAUAGGUCAGACAGAAUUCAGUCCCCCUGGCUGCAUGGCACUACACUUGGUGACUAAGCCUAUUUUCAGUCCUCCUUACAUACACCAGUGUGAACCCCGGAAGAUGGUAUAUUAUGGUAAUGUGCUCUGUGACCGGGACCCAGAUCGAUAUAUGGAAGUUGUGAGGUAUCUCUAUGCAGAGUACAAGAAAGAAGCUCCACUGGUCAUUAACACCAUGGGCUGGAUCAAAGGAUUAGGAUUGUCUGUUUUGGUUGAUCUGAUUCGGCUCUUGGCCCCAACACAUGUGGUGCAGCUUGUCACCACAAAGGGGAGCCAGGACUCUGUGGUUCUUACACCAGAAUUUGUGCAGACAGCAACUGGGUGGCAGACCAAGGGGAAACACCAAAUUCAGCAAAAGUCGGUGGACCUCAGGACAUCUUCAAGUUCGUCAGAUGAGGAGGUGCAAAUGCAUGUGGGACUCCAGGGGCACAAAUUGAUGUACAUUCAUUCUGAGUUUCCUGGAGUGGAAGAUGGGAGCUGUUUAAAAUACCGCAGCAACGUGCUGAGAGAUUUGGCUCUUCUAGGUUCUUUCAGCCACCUGCAGCCAUUGGACAUCAGCCACCCCCUAUCUUUGCAUAGUAUGUUACCAUAUCAGGUGCCAUUUAAUGCAGUUGCUCUGCAUGUGUUACACUGUGAUGUGACUCCCACCCAUAUCUUGUAUGCAGGCAAUGCCAGUUUGGUGGGCCUGUGCAGAAUACCAGGUGGUGUCAACUCUCAUGCAGAUGGACCUGUGUUACUCUCGCAGGCUCCAAUAUGUGAUUGCUUUGGUGUUGGAAUCAUACGUGGGAUUAACUUGGAAAAGAGAUUGUAUUACAUACUGACUCCAGUUCCUGUGGCAAAGCUGAAGCAGGUUAAUUGCUUGCUUGUGGGAGCAAUCACUAUCCCCCAUACUGUCUUCAGAAACCAGCCUGGCGUGACAGGAGAGGUGCCAUACUUGACAUCUGACUAUUCUUUCACUGUUUCUGGAGCUGGAAAGAUUAAAGUUUGUAAUUCUUUGAGGAGGCGCGAGCAUCCUAAAGCUAUGUCUUAAAGGGGGAGAAUACCUGUUUAUGUUUAAAUAAUGGGAAGGGUAUACAUGCAAUGCUUUGCAGUAUGGUUUAAUAGGCACUGUGCCUUAGGGUUCAGGGAUUAGGGUUUAAUACAAGGGGAUUUGACUGGUGGAUAUAAGAGGCUGAAGACCCUUUAUAAAAUCAGUUUUGGGCUGCACUCUGUUUAUUCUUCCUCUUCCCACCCCUACUUUUCCUGUGUCAGGCUGUAGUUUGUUCCAGAAUUGAAUGGGAAUUCUUUAUUUCAAAGCAUUUGUUUUAAUAAAGGGUCACUCUGUA